AAAGAUAUCCAGGAAUACAAUCUCACAAGUUUCUCUUUGGUGGGACCCAAUGGACCAUAUACCAUUUGUCACCAUUUAGAAGGAUAACCUCACAACGUCUUAUUCUCUUUGCUGGUUCAAUCUUUCCCUCAAAGGGCAAGAAGACACGAAGGAGUGGCCUGAUCCAAGUGAAAUUCUACACUAAACUCCAUGAAAGCCACCAUCUUUGAACCCAAUAAAAUCUUCAAAACCCAACUCAUUUCAAUACUUCAACCCACUCUUGCUCUUCCCCACUCUCCAUAAUCCUUCAACGAAAUGGAUCUUGAAGAGUGGGAAGUCCUCCCUGAUGAUGGGUUUCUUGAAAUCCAUGAUGAUGAUGGCAAGAAAAUUUUCUCAAGAAAAUAUCGGAAUGAUCGAAAAAGUGUUUUCCAGAUGAAUUACUUCAUAUGCCCAUCUCCAACAUCUCAACAUAUGAUUGAUUCACCUCAGAAAUCAAGAGUGCCAAUUCAACUUGUUCCUGUUCCAAUCCAAUUGGAACCAACCAUAGGAAAGACCCCGGAUCAUGAAGCAGUGAAAGAAAUCAUUAAGAUUCCGAUUGAUUUUAGCAUCGCGCCAUCACCGAUAACUGAGAAGAUCAAAGCUCACAAUAUAGGAGAUUUAGAAGCCGAUCAAGACCCAGUUUCACAAGUUUUCUUCAGGAAAACGAAGGAAACUGAAUUUGCCGACAUGAAAAUGGACUCACCCAAGUCCUGUAGUAGGGGGAUUAUUCCUCAAAUUGAUGCAGGUACCUUCAAGGAUAAGAGUGAUCAGGCCUGUAAAGCUGAGGCCUUCGAGAGUAAGAACAGUUCAUUAAAAAUCCAAGUUGAGGAAGAGAUGGUGACCAAGAAGAACAGCCACCUGGAUUCAGGUAUCCAAGAAGAGGUCAUUUGGGAAGAAAGUAAUGGAGGUCUGAACUUGUGGAAGUGGAGCCUAACUGGAGUUGGGGCCAUUUGCUCCUUUGGUGUUGCUGCUGCUACCCUUUGCAUUGUCAUUUUUCAGUCAAAAGAGAAACAAAAAGCAUCAAGAGAAUCAAAAGCUUCAAUAUCAAAUAUAUACCAAUGACAAGAGGAUCAAGCAAGUGGUUCAUCAUGCAACUAAGUUGAAUGAAGCAAUUUCAGCAGUGAGAGGAGUUCCCCUGGCCAGAGUUCAGAUCCCAGUUGGUGAUUACUAUGAUGGUCUUUAGAGCAAUGC